CCCUCACGAGCUUUGCAGGACUGGGAGUGGCUGGCUCAUUACAAAAGCAGCUUUUCCUCUCCUGGAAUUGACACCUCCUCGUCUGUUGUUGGGAGUGGACUGCACCCACCCUGAUUGAAUUGGCCCUGUCAACACAGGUUCUCUACUUGUGAGGAGAAAAAAGAAUGGAAAUCCUUCCAGAUGCAGCUUCUCUGGCAACAAAGCUGAAAAAUACUCUAAUCCAGUACCACAGCAUUGAAGAUGGUGAAUGGCGAAUUGCUAAGAAAACGAAAGAUGCAACUGUGUGGCGGAAGCUAUCAGAAGAAUUCAGUGGAUACCUCUACAAAGCUCAAGGAGUUGUGGAAGACAUUACCAACAGAGUAGUAGAUCACAUUCGUCCUGGACCUUAUAGACUAGAUUGGGACAGCUUAAUGACUACAAUGGACAUUGUUGAAAAGUUUGAGGAGAAUUGCUGUGUAAUGCGCUACACCACUGCUGGCCAGCUGUGGAACAUCAUUUCCCCAAGAGAGUUUGUUGACUUCUCUUACACAACUCAGUAUGAAGAGGGGCUUCUAACAUGUGGGAUAAGUCUAGACUACGGAGAGGUGAGACCUAAUUUUGUCCGUGGAUUUAAUCACCCCUGUGGCUGGUUCUGUGUCCCGCUUAAGGAUCGUCCUGACCAAAGUCUUUUGACGGGCUUCAUCCAGACUGAACUGCGAGGGAUGCUUCCUCAGUCUGCAGUAGAUACUGCUAUGGCUAGUACCGUGGCAAACUUUUACUCUGACCUCAGAAAGGCACUGAAAACAUAAAAGCAGCAAAGAAUCCUGUGGUACCUAAUAGACUA